UGUUGUGGGAGAUGAACAGAAGCAUGGCCUGGAAUCCCUGGAAGUUCUUCUUCCUUUGUAUUAUCUUUUUCCAUCUCGCAAUUGGUAAAACAAAGGGCGCUAACCUUCCUUAUCUUGCCCUAGAUUGCAGUGACCCAAGAAUCAAUGACAACAGCCCCCAUCAGACCAACAUAAGGACCCUCCUCUCUUCCUUAUCUUCCAACGCUACAGACAAUGCCAACGGAUUCUACAACAACACAAUCUUUGGCACAGACUUCCUUGACACUGCCUAUGGUCUUUUCAUGUGCAGAGGUGAUGUUCUUCCUGACGCCUGCAAAUAUUGCGUCGCAAACGCAACCCACACUCUGUCUACAGACACAAACUGUUUACUGUCCGGAAUGGGUGUGAUUUGGUACGACGAGUGUAUGGUUCGGUAUUCCAACUUCUCUUUCUUCACCAGAGUGAACAGAUUUCCCGCACGUUGGAUGUGCAACACGGCCACUGUCUCCUCCGACUCAUCAAAUUUCAUGAGUUUGUUGGACAACACAUUGCUAGAAGUUGUAACAGAAACUGCCAAUUCUACAAACAGGUAUUUCACAAAGCAAGAAAACUUACCGGACUUUCAAACUCUUUACUGUCUAGGUCAGUGCACACAAGACCUUUCAUUCGAACGAUGCCAUGACUGUCUUAAUCAUGCAAGAGAAGAUAUUCCAACAUUUAGUUCUGGAAAGCAAGGAGGAAGAGUUCUGUAUAGCAGUUGUACCAUCAGGUAUGAACUGUACCCUUUCUACCGCCUCACCGAUGAGGGACCAAAAGGACUCGUCCCCGAAACACAUUAUACAAACAGAGAUUCUGAAUAUUCACAAGAUCCUGGCUAUAUUUUUCUCAACUGCUCAAACAACAAAAUUGAUGCUGAUUUCAUAUCCAACCUCCGAACCCUCCUCUUUGACUUGUCUUCUAACGCCACCUCUAAGUCUGGAUUCCAGACGCAAGAGGGAACAGCAUAUGGCCUCUUCAGGUGCCGUAUCGACAUUGACCCUCCUCACCUCUGUGAACAAUGCAUCAAAAACGCAACAGACAAAAUAACUUCCGAGUGUGGUUUGGCUUAUGCGGAGGCUGUAAUAUGGUACAAUCACUGCUGGCUUCGCUAUUCCGACAGAAAUUUCUUCUCCACCGCCGAAACAAUUCCAAGAUUUCGGAAUCUGAAUAUCAGCAACAGUUCGAUACAGUACUCCAUUGCUUCUGAAUUAUCAAACCAGUUAGCUAAGGUGGCCAACAUGACAGGAGACACUGAUAACAAAUUCCUGACAGAUGAAUCUCUGAAAUUAAAUGAUGAACAAACAGUGUUUAUUCUUGGUCAAUGUUCAUCGGAUCUAUCAAGCGGUGGUUGCAGUGGGUGCCUCAGUGAUAUGAUUGGAACGGCAAUUCCAUGGAGAAGUUUGGGAAGCGUGGGUGGACGAGUUAUGUAUCCGAGCUGUAUUCUUCGCUUUGAAUUGUUCCGGUUUUACAAUCUCACGCCUCCCUCACCAUCUGCUCCUCCUCCCUCACCAGGAGAAAGUCAAUCAAGAACAAUUAUCUUGAUCAUUACUUCCAGCAUAGUUGUAUCAGGAAUACUUUUCACCUUUUGUUAUUAUUUGAUACGAAGAAAGACCAGAAACAAUAAUAGAACUAUUCUUCAAGAGAAUUUUGGACACGAAAUUUCAACUAUAGAAUCUUUGCAAUUCAAUCUGCCAACAAUUGAAGCAGCAACAAAUAACUUCUCACAUGACAACAACAUUGGAAAAGGUGGAUUUGGAGAAGUUUACAAGGGCAUUCUUUAUGACGGACGAUCCAUUGCUGUAAAAAGACUUUCAAGAAAUUCUAGGCAAGGCAUACAAGAGUUUAAAAAUGAGGUUCUAUUAAUAGCCAAACUUCAACACAAAAAUUUGGUGGCUUUAAUAGGAUUUUGUCUUGAUGAACAAGAAAAAAUACUUAUCUAUGAAUAUGUGCCGAACAAGAGUCUAGACUACUUCUUAUUUGAUACUAAACAAGAAAAAGUUUUAAGUUGGAGUGAGCGUCACAAAAUCAUAGAUGGAAUUGCUCGAGGAAUUGUAUAUUUACACGAACAUUCUCGACUUAAAAUUAUACAUCGUAAUCUUAAACCUAGUAAUGUACUACUAGAUGAAAAUAUGAAUCCCAAAAUUUCAGAUUUUGGACUUGGUAGAAUUGUUGAAAUAAAUCAAGAUGAGAAAAGUACAAGUAGAAUUAUUGGCACGUAUGGCUAUAUGUCUCCAGAAUAUGCUAUGUUUGGACAAUUUUCUGAGAAAUCUGAUGUUUACAGUUUUGGUGUUAUGAUUCUAGAGAUUAUUAGUGGAAAAAAGAAUACAUGUUCACAUGAAUCACAUCAUGUUGCUGAUAGUCUUAUAAAUUUUGUUUGGAGACACCGAAGGGAUGAAACAACAUUGAAUGCAUUGGACUCAAAAUUAAAAGAAAAUUAUUCUAACAUUGAAGUUAUGAGAUGCAUUCAAAUUGGUCUAUUGUGUGUUCAAGAAGAUCCAGAUGCUAGACCUACAAUGAUAGAAAUUGUUUCAUAUCUUAGUAGUCACGCAGUUGAGUUGCCAUCUUCACAAGAGCCAACAUUUCUCUUGAAUCAAAAAAUAAAUCCAAUUGUUGCACAUGAAUCAAGUUCAGGUCAAGAUGGCAGCAACUCCAUACCAUCUUCUAGCAAUACCAUAUCUAUAAGUGAAUUUUAUCCUCGAUAAUUCACUUUUUUAUGUACUAUUUAUUUAUGUUUUAAUAUAUUUUAAUAUAUGUCACAUAGUUUAAAUUAUGAAGUUUGCUUUGUGAGUGUGUUUUCUUAGAGAGUGUAAGACUUUUCCACUUAAU